AUGGUCCUUUUCAACCUGAGCAGUGACAACCUAGGACCCUUCAUUCUGGUGGGGAUCCCAGGCCUGGAGCAUGCCCAUGUGUGGAUUGGGAUUCCCUUCUGUAUCAUCUAUAUUGUAGCCAUUGUGGGAAACUGCAUCCUUCUCUACCUAAUCUUGGUGGAGCGCAGCCUUCACAAACCCAUGUUCUUCUUUCUCUCCAUGCUGGCCAUGACUGACCUCACCUUGUCCACAGCUGGUGUUCCUAAAACACUCAGUAUCUUUUGGCUUGGGGCUCGAGAAAUCACAUUCCCAGGUUUUGGUUCUUGCAUGGCUCAAAUGUUCUUUAUCCACUUCUUCACUGUCAUGGAAUCUGGGGUCCUGCUGGUUAUGAGUUUUGACCGCUAUGUGGCCAUCUGUAACCCUCUGCGCUACACCACUAUGCUCACAGAUUCCCAUGUUGUAUGCAUGGGCUUGUGGGCCAUCAUCCGCAGCUUCUGUAUGAUUUUCCCACUGCCUUUCCUUCUGAAGAGGUUGCCCUUCUGCAAGGCGAAUGUACUGUCCCAUGCCUACUGCCUUCAUUCAGAUCUCAUCCACCUUCCCUGUGGUGACGUCACCAUCAACAAUAUUUUCGGUCUCAUCAUUGUCAUGUCUACCUUCGUUCUGGACUCUGCACUCAUUCUCUUCUCGUAUGUGCUCAUCCUGCGCUCUGUUCUUGCCUUUGCAUCUCGGGAGGAGCGGUUAAAGACACUCAACACGUGUGUGUCACAUCUGUGUGCUGUGCUUAUCUUCUACGUGCCCAAGAUUGCUGUGUCCAUGACUGCCCGUUUUGGUAGGCACGUCCCCCGAUUGGUGUACACAGUCAUGUCCCUCAUUUUUCUCUUUGUGCCUCCCAUGCUCAACCCUGUCAUCUAUUCAAUCAAAACCAAACAGAUUAGAUGGAGGCUUGGGAGAAUGCUAGUGGGAAACAAAUUUUAA